AUGUUUCAGCCAUUGGCCAGCACUGAAUCACCUGCCUUCAUGGCGGAAGUGCGCACAGACUCCGAAGAAACGGAGGAGCUUUUGCCGCGGCGUUCCGAAAAGCGCUGCACUGGAAGAUGGGCUGCAAGUGUGCUCGCAUCCCUUGGGCUAAGUCUUGUCUCUCUAGCACUUGCGCUAGGUCCGCUAGGUCAGGGAUUUCGCAGGACCAGCAAGACGAAUGGCUUUUUGAGGCUCGCACUUGAUCAGCAGGAACUACAAAAUUGCUUUCAGCAAGGCAUGUUUUAUGACAAGCCGCGGCUUCUACCCGCCACCGAACGCACGAUAGAGUUGAGUGCGGAGCUUUGCCAAGAGAGAUGCCAAGGAGUCGAUGGCUGUGCCCACUUUACUUUUUGGCCCGAUGGGGGAUGCCUACUUUCGGGACCCGAGUCUGUGCUGCAGGCUGCACCUAUGAAGUUCUCUGCGACUAUUACAGGGCCCAAGUACUGCCAAGAGGCAAUUGAAAAAGCAACAGCAGUGAUCGAGGAAAGUAAAGUUGAAACAGCUGGCUUUCACGAGGAUUUGCCCAGUUCCUGGGAUGCUGGCAAGUUUCAAGUGGUCGACAUGGCCAAGCAGAGCAUUCUGGACAUCGCGCAGGAUGCAGAGGAAGCAGCAAAGACUGCAGCGGCACAGUCGGCACUUCCUGUAUCAGCUGGUGUGAAUGGCAGCACUUGCGCCAUGUAUCCAGCCUGUGUUGCUGUUGGAAUUUCGCAAGGCGAUUGCUGCCCGAACCAGGACCAUGUAACACUGGGUUGCUGCGAUGGAUUUCCGAAGACUGCGGAGGAGGUGAAGAUUAGCCCAGGGACCGAGUGUGCCAAGUUUCCUGCCUGUGCAGCCGCGAACAUGACUGGGGCUUGCUGCCCCACAGCUGAGGGUCUGUCUUCGCCUUCGCCCGUGAGACGCUUCCUCCACUGGGGAAGUCGCAAGGAGUCGGUUGCGAUUGGUGACUCCGACUUUCCGAAGACUGCGAAACCCCAGAUUGUGCCAGCUGGAGAGGGCAGGAGCACUGCGCUUGAAGUUUGGCCUGAAAAAUGGGGCAUUACUGUGAAGCAGUUUGCCAGAUUAUUGGACGAAUGCCGCGAAGACCCAGACUGGACUGACGAGUUCACGGUAGCAGACCUUGUGCAAAAAUAUGUGAUCCCCAUGACGCGAGGUACAGGCUUGAGCUAUGCGGUGUUGGUGAAUGCCAACAGUCCCAAGGAGGUUGAUGUAAUGAUCUCCCAUGCUUGGGCAGAGAAUGCCUUGGACUUCUGCCGUACCCUGGAACGUUCUGUCCAAUAUGAAGAGUCACUCUUCAUUUGUGCGCUGUCCCUAUACCAAUGCGAGGACAAUUGCGGCCCCACUAUCGCGGAGCAGCUGGGGACAUAUCCACAGGAGAGCCCUUUCCAUCGUGUGCUACAGAGAAUCCAUGACAGAGGAAAAGAAAUCGAGAAGUCUGGAGGCUGGUGGCGGCAAUCAGUUGUAUUGAUUCGAAUUCCCUGGAUAUUGCUGAUCAUUUCCGUGACUUGUGUUUUUACUCCUGUUGUAAUCAAAGGCUGCAUACCUAUGCAUACCACAUGCGCCUACGGGACCUGCAAGCCAUUGUUUGAAUUUCUGCCGAUCUAUGUUUGGGAAUGGACUUUCAAGCCAUUGGAAGGCCAUAUGUAUGCCUUCGUGUGCAUUGGCCACAUUGUUGGAGUUGUGACCGUUCUUGCAUUUGUCGUGUUACAGCUUCUGCAGCGAACUGGGCACCUUUUCAAGGGACGUAUGGUUGCUGUGCCCAAUCACAACUGCGAGAUGUACACCCGGCUGUGGUGCGUUUUCGAGAUGUUUGUUGCACAAACCUUACUGGUGCCCGUGAAGCUGGCAAACACGCUGGCUUCCGCGGGCGAAGUGAAUUCUGCCAAUGCCCAGUGCAGCAAAGUGGAGGAUGCCAAAAAGAUUGAUGAACAAAUUCGGCAAUAUCACUUCGCAGAUGAAGAGUCAGACGAGGAUGCUGGCUAUGAGAUGCUAGAUGAGGCAAUCCGUGAAGUCAACAACAAGGCGUGGUCGAGGGCUUUCUUCAUUCUGGUGCUCCAGGCAGGUCCUUUGGCCUUUUGCCUAAUGUGUACUGUCAGAUUGAUCAAGAAAGGCUCAAUGCAUUGGUGGGAAGAGCAGGCUUCGCACCGUGGAGGUGUGGACUGGUAUCAUCAUGUCCUAUACUUAGCUUCUCAUGGCCGCUUGGGCUAUGACCUCUUUUGCCACGAAGUAUUUGAAGCCUCCCCGAAGGCAAUGUGGUCCUGGCUUCUGAUCCUGGGGACCCUGAUUGGUUACUGGGUAGUGCUCAGCUGCAUGGUCUAUGUCGCCAAAAAGGCUCAGGGCCACUUGAGCUUCUGUCGCAUUGCCAGCGUGGCCUUGGGCCUCAUCUUCAUUGAGGUGGUGCUGAAUAUUUCCAUAGUGCUGGCAGAACAUUUCGUGGGAGUGUGUAAAUAUCAUCCGUACCGAUUCAACUGGUUUGUGCUGGGCUUUACGGCUGCGAUCUCCCAGGGCUCAUUGAUUCUCUUCUUGCUGGUCUUGGUCAAUGGACUUCGGUAUGUUGUGCUAGGUCCACCAGCUUUGCUGGGGAAAGGUGCUGAGACUGGCGUGAAGGUAUGCCUGGGAUUGGCAGGAUUAAUCGCCUUCUUCUUCAUCAUGUUUUUCACCUGCCGCGCGCACCAUCCAGAGCACUGGUUCCCAACCAUUGUGGUCAACGGAGCCUUGAUUUAUGGGUGGCUCUUGGGACCUUUGGGGAUCCUGUUGGCCAAUGGAGUUCGCUUCGGAGUCAGAUUUAAUCCAUCAACGAGCCUUGGAGGUUGCCGACAUUCACGACAAAUUGAAUAUGACGAGGUUUCACAUAGCAGCAGUUCUGGCGACUCGACGGCAUUUCACCACUUUUCACCGACAAAAAAUCCGAGGAACUCAUGGCAUUGCUGUGGCUCAGCCAUGCUCAGCCAUCCAGCCUCAGGCUACAGUGAUGAGGAUGUCAAGUAG